AUGGCUGACCCAGCUAUCAGUCCGCCCAUGGCGCCUCAUGGCGCUGAAGGCGCUCAAAACGCAGCAGUCGCGCCCACAAGCCUCACGUUCCGCCCUCCCUCCACCUCCCCUGCCUACCAGGCAUCCAAGCCAUCCACCUCGUUCGCUGUUCCGCCACCCUCCUUCCUCUCCGGGCCGUGGCACGUUACACAUAGUACGCUGCCUAUGUGGAAAUCCAACCGCAACGUUGUCAUCACCUACACCUACCUCACAGACGGCGCGACCCAGGAUCAGACCCCGAACGAUGACCUGCAGAUCGACGACCUCGUGACCUACGCGCCCAAUAACAACCCUUCGAAGCAGAAGACCGUCAAGGGCAUUGAUACGCCUGAUCCUAACGUCCCUGCGGCAUGGAAUUGGCGCGGUAAGGGCUGGCUCAAAAUCGCGUCGAGCCACUGGGAGGUCAUCGGCUGGGGCGAGGAGGACGGCGGCUGGGUGGUGACAUACUUCGCGAAGACACUGUUUACUCCCGCCGGAAUCGACAUCUAUGCUAGACGCAAGGGCGGCUUGAGUGAGAAGUUGCUGGAGAGCAUCAAAGCCGCAAUGCGAGGCGUUGAGGAUGACGCGUUUCGCGAGCAGGCUGGCAAGAUCUUCCAGAUUGAGCAUGACUGGUGA